AUGAUUUUAGGCUCGCAAAAGCGAUAUCGUAUAGGGCUUACUGUAAUAAGGCCCAUUAAAGCCCAAUCAGCAACUCGUUCUGUUCCAUCUGAACCUCUCUCGACAAUCACAUUUCGUCUUCGCAAAAUCCAUAUCCGUCACUACUUCGCUACAGAAGCGGCGGUGGCGAUAAAUUCAGAGGCGCCGAAGCCAAAACCGACGGUGUUGCCGUGGCAGAGACAGAUCAUUCCCUUGGAGCAGUGGCUUCCGAAGGUAGCCGUUGAUGCCUACGUGGCGCCCAACGUGGUUUUAGCAGGUUCGGUCACGGUAUGGGACGGCUCUUCCGUCUGGAACAGCGCCGUUUUGCGUGGGGAUCUCAAUAAAAUCACUGUAGGAUUCUGCUCGAAUGUGCAGGAACGGUGCGCUGUACAUGCCGCUCGUCCCCAACAGGAUUACCAGCAGAGACGUUGAUCGACAGGUACGUGACAUUAGGUGCAUACAGUCUUCUGAGAUCAUGUACCAUCGAACCAGAGUGCAUCAUCGGG